AAAUAAGAUUGAAAUAUCUAAUUUUCUUGUUCAAAUUGACAAGCAUAACGCAAGAUAUACAUUACUUUAUACAGUGUGUGACAGCCACACAACACUCGAGCGAUUGCAGCUAGAAAAGUCUCGAGUGUCCAAUAAAACAGCACUUUAUUGGAAGCAUACUGUCUAUAAAUAUCGUCUAACCACACAUUUCUCUUCCAAACCAAAAACACUACCACCAAUCCACAUAGUCAACUUUGAACCCUCAAGCCUCAUCAUUCAUCGAUCAUGUCCCGAGAUAACUCCUCUUCCUCUUAUUCUCAAUCACCAUUGCCUAUACACUUGUGUUUCCUACUCGUAAUACUCUUCAUGUUCUUGACCUUCUCAUGGUACAUCCACUACGAGUCACUUUUCGAAGCCCUUUUUGAUCAAAUAAAACUAGUCCUCAUAGUCUCCCCAUUGCUCCUCCUCCUCGCUUUGCACUUGCUGUCGAAUUUCGACACUACUUGGUCGUCGUUUUUGGUGCCGCUGCCGGAGAAAGACUCGUUCCAUAGAGCCGGAGGGAGUCCUUGGGGUGUUGCACUUGUUCUUGUUCUACUGCUGUUUUUGGUAUCUUAUCAGUCUGAUUUUCGUGAGCGUUGGUUCCCACUUUUGAGCCGAUGAAAUGCCGCGGAAAAUAUUAUUUUCGAUGUCGAAUAUUAGGUGCAUUCGGAAAGAUUCUUGUCAUGUGUUUGUUUUUGUAUUCCCAUGUAACAUAUGUGUGAUUUUAUAUGCAUCUUGUAGUGUUUACGAGGAUUAUUAUAUUAGUUUGUUUAUAUUA